AUGAGUGCGUUUCACCGCAAGACACGGGAGGCUGACAGCGAAGCCGUAGUGUACAGGGAGAAGAUGUCGCCGCGACGCUCCUUCAUGAUCGAGGACAUCCUGACGGCGCCCGGCCCGCUGUCCGAGUCUGGCAUCUCCCUGGUCGGGUCCGGGGUCCGGGCCUUCCAGACGCACGGGGUCGGCGCCGCGACCUGUCUGGGGCCCGCCCUGGGUCAGAUGUACGGGCCGAACCCCGCGGCCGCCGUGGCCGCCUUCCUGCCGGCGGCACACUUUCUCGGCAAGUCGCUCGAGCAGGGGUCCUUCCUCCUGUCUCCAGGGCUGCCGUUCCAGAGCCUGUUUCCGGGCGACCCGGGAUCCCGGCCGUGCCGGCGUCGCAAGGCGCGCACCGUGUUCAGCGACCACCAGCUGCACGGCCUGGAGAAGCGCUUCGAGGCCCAGCGGUACCUGUCCACGCCGGAGAGGCUUGAGCUGGCCACGGCGCUCAGCCUCUCCGAGACGCAGGUGAAGACGUGGUUCCAGAACAGGCGCAUGAAGCACAAGAAGCAGAUGCGCAAGGCCGGCGAGGAGUCCUCGUCGGCGGGAGGGAACCCGCUCUCCGACGACUCCAACCCAGGAUCGUGCGGCUCCGACCUCGACGCCGAGUUGGACGUGGUCGGGGACGGUUCGCGAUGA